AUGUCGCGCCCUGAGGAUAUUCUUCCUCCGGAUUUGUUCUACAAUGACAAUGAAUCGCGCAAGUAUACCAAGUCGUCGCGAAUUCGCAACAUCCAGGCGAACAUGACCGAUCGUGCCCUGGAACUCCUCGACUUGAAAUCCCCGUCGCUGAUCCUCGACCUGGGAUGUGGCUCUGGUCUCUCCGGUGAGAUGCUCUCCGAAGUGCCCCCCGACCAAGGUGGCCCGCACACGUGGAUUGGCAUGGACAUCUCACCCAGUAUGUUGGAUGUGGCCCUCCAGCGGGAGGUGGACGGGGAUCUGUUCCUCGCCGACAUUGGGCAAGGCGUCCCGUUCCGUCCCGGUUCGUUCGAUGCCGCUAUCAGCAUUAGUGCCAUCCAAUGGCUGUGUAAUGCGGAAACCAGUGAUGUGACCGCCGAAGGUCGUCUACGUCGCUUUUUCGAGGGUCUCUAUGCAAGUCUCCGCCGCGGUGGCCGUGCGGUCUGUCAGUUCUACCCGAAAAAUGAUACCCAGCGGAGCAUGAUCAGUGGAGCCGCAAUCAAGGCUGGCUUUGGCGCCGGUAUCCUCGAGGAUGAUCCAGGCACCAAGAGCAGCAAGUUGUAUUUGGUUCUGACCGUUGGUGGUGGUGGGCUUCCAGGUGACAUCACCGGUGUUGUGAAUGGCAUGGACGACGUCAGUGUAUUGGAUGCGCGACGAAAGGCCCAGGAGAUCAACAAUGCCCGGGGACCCCCUCGCAAGGGUGACAAGGCGUGGAUUUUGAACAAGAAGGAGCAGAUGGCCAAGAAGGGCAAGGUCGUCAAGUCGAACUCGAAGUUCACCGGCCGUAAGCGCCGCAUCGCUUUCUGA